AUGCGUAUAAUUGGUAAAAGCGAACCUUCCGUUGCUCACGUUCCUCAUCGCCGACUGCUGAGGAGUGUCCUACCAUGCACCCCAUCAGUCGCAUCGCGUUGCGUCCUCAAUGACGCGUCAAUGUCGAAAAUCCCGACAGUUUUGCCAAGGAUGCAAAUGCGGCGACUCCUCCUAAGAUCUUUGAAGCAAUCACUCCUGCAGGGGAAUAAAAGAGCAGCAGGGGGAGACGCUGAUAAUAUAGCAGUGGCAGUAGCAGCGGUAGCAGCAGCAGCAGCAGUAGUAGUAGUAGUAGUAGCUGCUAUCGUGGCAAGUAGAGAAAGAGCUGCCUCAGGUGGUGCUAGGGAGGUAGAGAGGGAGAGAGUGCUGAAGAGUGCAUUGCCGUUCCGGCUACCGCAGCGUUGCAGCGGCGGUGAUAGUGAUGGCUGUAGUCACUGUGUUUUGAUAAAUGGAUACCAGGAAGGACAAGCUUGGCUGAGGAGCGGCGCAGUAUAGGAUGGUCUGAACAGAACACUGUUGUGGGAGCCCACUCUUCGCUCGCGCUAAUUUAAACCU